AUGGGCAGUCAUUUCCGCAGUUACAUCUGGGACCCGGUCCUCAUUUUGUCUCAGAUUGUGUUGAUGCAAUGCAUCUACUACAGCUUCCUGGGUUUGUGGCUGGCUGUUGUGGACAGUCUUGUACAAACCAACAGAUCACUGGACCAGAUCUUCAGUUAUGAGGUUCUUGGAUUUGCAACAAUGCAGGGCAGACUCUCAAUGAUGGCGUUCAUCUUGAACUCACUUACCUGUGCCCUGGGCCUGUUGUUCUUUAUCCGCCGAGGGAAGCAGUGUCUGGACUUCACUAUCACCGUGCACUUCUUCCACAUGAUAGGCUGUUGGCUCUACAAUGCCCACCUCCCGGCGGCCCUGUCCUGGUGGCUGGUCAACGUGGCCUGCAUGGCUCUGAUGGCCGUGAUUGGAGAGUACCUAUGCAUGCGGACUGAGCUCAGGGCCAUCCCAGUCAACAGUGGACCUAAGUCUAACCUUUGACUGCUGACCACCUGACCUGACCCCACUCUGUGACUCUGGCUCAUUCCCUGUGAAUUGUUCACUGACAGUAUUCUGCCCAGUAUGAUGUAGGGUAUGACAUUUGUGCCCAAAGACUUGGUUGGACUGGGAUGUCAGCUGCUAUAACGCAGUAGUUGGAUCUAGAGACAGAGAUGCUCCAAGUUGGAACAUUGCACACCUCUCAAUAGAUUCAAGGACUUGGAAAUUAACUGAAAUGGUGCUGGUUGCUGUAUUUAUUUGUAAACAUGUACUACCUGUCUCACAGUGAAUGCUAACUUUUUCCUCGACCCACUAAGAUAUCACUUGCUUUGAGACAGUUCGAAGCAGAGUUUAGUUUGUCCUACAAAGAGCUUAAUGGUUUCAUGAUUUGAUUAAAUAAUGAUGACAUCA